AUGAAAAUCGCAAAAACAAAGACCAAUCCAAAUAAUAUUAUGUCACUAAUUGAUCUAGAUAAUCAGAAUCCUAACGUUUACAAAAAGAGCGAUGACAGGACAAUCACCUUAGACGAACAGGAUGACAACGUAGUAGACGAAUUCGAUCGCAGGGAAAUAUUCGAUUUAAUUCGCAACAUCAACGAUCCGGAACAUCCCCUUACGUUGGAGCAAUUGCACGUAGUCGAAGAGCACCUCAUUCAAAUCAACAAUGCCAACAACAACAUCCUCGUGCAGUUCACCCCGACCAUCCCGCAUUGUAGCAUGGCUACAUUGAUCGGGCUGUCCAUACGAGUGAAGUUGCUCAAGUGCCUGCCUGAACGGUUCAAAGUAAGAGUCCAAGUCACGCCGGGCACCCACAAUUCCGAGCACCAGGUCAACAAGCAGCUGGGCGACAAGGAGCGAGUAGCGGCGGCGCUGGAAAACCACCAUCUCAUCCAAGUGAUUAAUCAGUGCAUCGCCCCGAGGAAGCGAGCGUAG